CAAAAUGUCUACCUUUAUCGGUUCAGUAGAACCAUAUGUACCAGGAACGUCGUUUGGUAAUUAUCUUGAGCGCUUACGCUACGUGUUCAAUUACAACAAUAUUCCUGAAGCAAGUCGUAAGUCGCUGUUUAUUACAGUUAGUGGUGCUACUGUUUUUAAUGAAUUAAAAAAAUUGUAUCCAGGUGUGGAUAUCGAUACAUUGGUGUAUGACGACAUGACAGCGCGACUUAAAGAAAGGUUCGACAAAAAAGAUGGCAAAAUGGUACAAAAGGCUUUGUUUUAUGAGCGUUGUCAGCGCAAGGAUGAAUCAGUGGAAGAUUUCAUCAUAGAUGUAAAACUGUUAGCUGAAAAUUGUGGUUUUGGCACAAUGAAAGACGCCAUGGCAAGAGACCGAUUGGUUCUCGGAGCCUACGAUAUUAAAGUAAGGGAAAGGUUGAUGGAGGAAGAGGAACCGACGCUUGAAGAGGUGGAGAGAAUCCUUAUAUCGAGAGAGCGUCUCGCACGACGCGCGAUGUUGCUGGAGCAAACUAACGAGAGAGUGAGUGCCAUUGAACGGCUGGGUGUCAGAAGAGAUGACCAGUUUGACAGCGAACAGAGAAAUGCUAGAAGAGAUGAGUUUUUGCAGAGACAACAUGGGUCUGAUGAGCGAGAGAGACGUUAUCAGCGUUAUGAUCGCAGUCGAUCAGGUUCGCGCCCACGUUGGAACAGUUGGAAUAAAAACAAAGCAAUGGUGUGCAGUUUUUGUAAUGUCAGAGGACAUAUCAAGAAAAACUGCUUUAAACGUCAGCGCUCACAGCAAUCAGUUCGUUUUCUUGAUGAGUCUACGGAAGAACAAGAGGUAGCUAAUUUUAAAAGGAUGCAUGUUUCUCAACCUAGCGAGUCGGAUGAUGAUUUGGAAUGCAUGUCGAUAGCCGCGGUAAAGGAUUGAGAAGAUCGGAACGGUUGAGAAUGCGGAGAAAAUAAUUAAUGAGAAGAGAAUGAGGGAAACAAUCGAGGAGGAUUAAAGAAGAAAUUUGAAUUUAAUAGAUUAAAAUCAAAGUUUAAACAUUGUAAAGAUAAGUAUGAAAAUGAAAUCGAAUAUACUAAUAAUUGUUUCACGCCUAAGCAAACACUUUGUUAGAAGGAAGGAUUGUCGUGUUCGUGAAGAACAUCGUUUAACGGCGCACGAAGCCGAUAGUAUCGGUGUCGAAAUGUGUCGAGAGGAAAUAAACUGGCAGUCGUGUUUCUGCUCUUGAACUAUAAA